GCUCUUGAUUUUGAAACAAGAUCCUUUAAUGAGGACAAAGUACUGCAGGCCCGAGAUGGAGUUAUUGUGGAGAAGCGGCAGAGAAUCCCGGCGUCUGCUGCUCUCACUUCUGUUCCUCGCAGUCUGGGAGACUGGGAGCGGCCAGGUCCGCUACUCGGUCCCCGAGGAGGCCAAACACGGCACCUUCGUGGGCCGCAUCGCCCAGGACCUGGGGCUGGAGCUGGAGGAGCUGGUGCCGCGCAUGUUCCGGGUGGCGUCCAAAGGCAGUGGGGACCUUCUGGAGGUAAAUCUGCAGAAUGGCAUUUUGUUUGUGAAUUCUCGGAUCGACCGCGAGGAGCUGUGCGGGCGGAGCCUGGAGUGCAGCAUCCACCUGGAGGUGAUCGUGGAGAGGCCGCUGCAGGUUUUCCAUGUGGAGGUGGAAGUGAGGGACAUUAACGACAAUCCGCCUGUGUUCCCCGGAUCACAAAAGAAUCUGUUUAUGGCUGAAUCUAGGCCGCUUGACUCUUGGUUUCCACUAGAGGGCGCGUCCGAUGCAGACGUCGGGGCCAACGCUCUGCUCACUUACAGACUGAGCCCCAAUGAGUAUUUCUCGUUGGAAAAAACAUCCGAUGACAAGCGGAUAAAACGUCUUGGACUUGUAUUAAGGAAACCUUUAGAUAGAGAAGAAAGUUCGGAAAUAUUUUUAAUGCUCACGGCCACUGAUGGAGGCAAACCUGAGCUGACUGGCACCAUUCAGUUAUUGGUCAUAGUGUUAGACGCCAAUGAUAACACUCCUACUUUCGAUAGAACACUCUAUACGGUGAAAUUACCAGAAAAUGUUCCUAAUGGAACGUUGGUAAUUAAACUUAACGCCUCAGAUUUAGAUGAAGGCUCCAAUGGAGAUAUUAUUUAUUCAUUCUCAACUGAUACUUUACCAAAUGUGAAAUCUAAGUUUCACAUAGAUCCAAUUACUGGAGAACUUAUUGUAAAGGGAUAUAUUGAUUUUGAAGAAAGCAAAUCCUUUGAAAUUUUUGUAGAGGGCAUUGAUAAGGGACAGCUCCCACUCUCUGGCCAUUGCACAGUUAUGGUGGAAGUUGAAGACACCAACGAUAAUGUGCCAAUAAUGGAAUUCAAGUCCCUGUCACUCCCAAUCAGAGAAGACGCUCCAUUGGGGACUGUCAUCGCCCUGAUAAGCGUGUCCGACCGCGACUCCGGUGUAAACAGACAGGUGACCUGCACACUGUUACCUCAUGUCCCCUUUAAGCUGGUGUCCACCUUCAAUAAUUACUAUUCGCUGGUGCUGGACAGCGCCCUGGACCGCGAGAACGUGGCAAACUAUGAGCUGGUUGUGACAGCGCAGGAUGGGGGCUUGCCUUCGCUGUCGGCCACCGCCAGCGUGUUCGUGGAGGUGGCCGACGUGAACGACAAUGCGCCAGCAUUCGCGCAGCCCGAGUACACGGUGUUCGUGAAGGAGAACAACCCGCCCGGCUGCCACAUCUUCACGGUGUCUGCGCGGGACGCGGACGCGCAAGAGAACGCACUGGUGUCCUACUCGCUGGUGGAGCGGCGCGUGGGCGAGCGUGCGCUGUCGAGCUACGUGUCGGUGCACGCGGAGAGCGGCAAGGUGUACGCGCUGCAGCCGCUGGACCACGAGGAGCUGGAGCUGUUGCAGUUCCAGGUGAGCGCGCGCGACGCGGGCGUGCCCCCUCUGGGCAGUAAUGUGACGCUGCAGGUGUUCGUGCUGGACGAGAACGACAACGCGCCCGCGUUGCUGCCGCCUGGGUCUGACAGCGGGGGCGGCGUGGUGAGCCAGCCUUUGGCGCGUUCUGUGGGCGCGGGCCACGUGGUGGCGAAGGUGCGCGCGGUGGACGCGGACUCGGGCUACAACGCGUGGCUGUCUUACGAGCUGCUGUCGGAGGCGGGGGGCGCUCACAGCCCGUUCCGCGUGGGGCUGUACACGGGCGAGAUCAGCACGACGCGAGCCCUGGACGAGGUGGACGCGCCGCGCCAGCGCCUGCUGGUGCUGGUGAAGGACCACGGCGAGCCUGCGCUGGCAGUUACGGCCACCGUGCUGCUGUCGCUGGCGGACAGCAGCCAGACGCCAAAUAACCCGUCACGGAUGUCCGUGGAGGCCACAGGCCCAGAGGCGGCGUUGGUGGAUGUGAACGUGUAUCUGAUCAUUGCCAUCUGCGCGGUGUCCAGCCUGUUGGUGCUCACGCUGCUGCUGUACACGGCGCUGCGGUGCUCGGCUCCGCCCACUGAGGGCGCUUGCAGGCCGCUGAAGCCCACGCUGGUGUGCCCCAGCGCGGUGGGGAGCUGGUUGUGCUCUCAGCAGAGGCGUCAGAGGGUGUGCUCUGGGGAGUGCCCGCCCAAGACCGACCUAAUGGCUUUUAGUCCCAGCGUACCUGAAUCUGGGGCAAUUGGAUUCUCUUUCUAA